AUGAACUCUGACGUGCACCGUCAUCAGGCGCAUCCGCCGUUAUCUCAGCACGGCGUGCACCCCGGCGGUCAGGGCGUGGGCCCCUGCGGGUGGUACUCCGCGUCAGCUGCGCCGCCCACUGCGCCCGCGAGAGUCAAGCGUGCUCAGCCGCCGCAUCAACUACCGUCUGGAGGCGGUGUCGGCAAUAAUGGUCCCCACGCUCCUCUAUCGCCCACCGCUUUGCAGAAUUCCAUUCAACAUAAUAAUGUGAUGUCGUCAUCCGUGCGUGCGCCCGCGCCGGUUGGCCCCGCCCCUUCGGUGAUGCACACGUCGCAGACCGGUGUGCUCCCGAAAGGCCCAAGCGAUGUUUUGGUGAACACAUCUAAUCAGAAUCCUCCGCCCGCAGCUAACCGCCUCAUCAAUAUGACGCAAUAUCCAUGGCACCACGGCGCGAUAUCCCGCGAGCGCGCGGAGGCGUUGCUCUCGGGGUCGCCAGAUGGCGUAUUCCUUGUGCGCGAGAGUACCAACUUUCCCGGUGAUCAUACACUCUGCGUACGUUUCAGAGGACGAGUGGAACAUUACAGAGUAAAAUGGGCAACAGUACCGGAAAGUCAAAACCAACGGCUGACGAUUGAUGAUGAAGAGUUCUUCGAUAACAUGACGGAACUCAUACAUCAUUACCUAAAAGACGCUGAUGGGUUAUGCACAAAGCUAGUCCGCUGUCUGCCAAAAGCAUCUCCGAAUGGUGCCAACAAUAACAAUGUCAUGCAACCGCCCUUCUCACCGCUGCCUGCACAACCGCCGCCAUACCCAGCUACGCCGAGCGUAUCCCACGCCUUGAGCUCGGGCCAUUUCCCGCACGCCUACAACACCCAAGUGCCCACCGACCAGCCUGACGGAAUCAUUCCGCCGCAGAAGUUUGUCGAUGCCCGCUGGAUAAUAGCAGAGCGCGAUUUGGAGAUUCGUGAAAAUAUCGGCAAAGGUGAAUUUGGUGAUGUGAUGCUGGGCAUCCUUAACGGUACACAGAAGGUCGCUGUCAAGAUUCUGAAAGAUAAAGAGGCAGCCAGCAAAUUCCGCGCUGAAGCCAGUGUUAUGGCGUCCCUUAAGCACGAGAACCUAGUCCGUCUGCUGGGCUGCGUGGUGUUCGGCUCGAACGGAAGCACUUGCAUCGUGACUGAGCAUUGUGCGCAGGGCUCACUUCUGGACUACUUGCGCAGUCGCGGACGGCACUACGUCACGCAGAGGGAUCAGAUUGAUUUUGCAUAUGAUACCUGUUGCGGCAUGGAGUAUCUGGAGCGCCAACGAGUGGUCCACCGCGACUUGGCAGCCCGUAACGUGCUCAUAUCUCAAGAGGGAACCGCUAAAGUCGCGGACUUUGGCCUCGCACGUAGUGAUGCGACGCCCGACGAUCCGGCGGAUGCGUUGAGAGUACAGGCGAAGCUGCCCAUUAAGUGGACUGCGCCAGAGGCCCUCAAGUAUAAUAAAUUUUCCAACAAGUCUGAUAUGUGGAGUUUUGGUAUUCUUCUGUGGGAGAUAUAUUCAUUUGGGAGAGUGCCAUAUCCUCGAAUACCGCUGGCCGAGGUGGUGCGUCACGUGGAGCGCGGGUACCGCAUGGAGGCUCCCGAGGGGUGCCCGGGGGGGCCUUACGAAGUGAUGCGAGCUGCGUGGCACGCCGACCCCGCUCAUAGACCCACCUUCGCGCAGACGCGUCUACGCCUCGCUUCUAUUAGGGACGCUGCGCAUGCGCACCAGGUAUAUCACGAUAGGCUAAUCUGA